AUGGGCGAGGAGAUUGACACUGAUCGGCUAAUUUCUUUGGUGCAAGAGAGGCCUGUUUUGUGGGACAAGACAGAGGACAUAUACAAAGACAGGAAUGCUACAAAUGAUGAAAUGCUCAUCCUGAAUUCUCUCACGGGGGACACCGUCACACAAGAGGAAUACGACAACGCCCUCAAGGUAUGGGAAGCUGCUGAGUGUCGCACGCUCGGGGACUAUGCUGACUGCUAUCUUCGUGCUGAUGUGGGUUUGCUGGCUGAUGUGCUCAGCGAGUGGAGGUCUACCCUUGUCAAAAAGUAUGAUCUCGACAUGGUGAAUUAUGUCAGUCUGCCCGGAUACGCCUACGACGCAUUUUUGAAGAUGACAAAAGCACAAUUAGAACUCAUCUCAGACCGCGAGUUGGCGCGCAAAAUCGAACGUUCAGUGAGAGGUGGACUUACAACGUGUGUUCGACCUCAUACAGUGGCAAAUAACCCGCUUGUUAACCCCUGUUUUAACCCCGAAAAGGAACAAAGUACAUACAUUCUUUAUCUGGAUUUUAACAGUCUAUAUGCCACAGUGAUGUCAGAAAAACUUUCCUAUGGAAAUAUUCGGAAACUACCUGACGCUGAAAAGACGAAAAGCGACGAUAUUGGUCACUGGGUUGAGGUUGAUCUGCACGUGCCGGACGAUGUGGCAAGGAAAACCGACGAGCUUCCUCUCCUUAUCCAUCACAUGGAGAUAAGAAGCCAAGACCUCUCGCCGUACAACAAAGAGCUUCUUUUGUCGCAAAACAGACGUGUUCCUCCGAAGAAUAAAAAGUUGGUAGCAUCUCAUCUUCCUCAAGAGAAUUACCUCGUUCUGCUGAAACACCUGCAGCUGUUAAUUCAUUUGGGAGUUGUGGUGGACCAAGUGCACGAGGUAUACGAAUUCUCGCAGGAUAGCUAUCUUCAACCGUUUAUUCACGAAAACAUCAAAGCACGUCGCGAAGCUAUCGAUAAAGCUCAACAGCUCUCCUUCAAGACCCUUUCCAACAGCGUGUUUGGCAGGUGUUUAAUGAACCCCCUGAAGAGAGUGGAAAAGACCAGCAUGGUGUGCAAGACCUCAACAUUUCUGAAAAAGAUACGGGACCCUCUUUUCAAAAGGCUCAUCCCCCUCGCCCCGAACCGUGUUAUAACAAUUUCAAGAGCAAAGACAGUGACUAUGAACUACCCACAAUAUAUCGGGUUCACCAUUCUGGAACUGGCUAAAUAUAAACUUUACUAUUUUUUCUAUAAAGUGUUAAAACCGAUCUACGGAGAGAAGGUAAAGCUCUGCUACUCCGAUACGGAUAGUUACAUUCUCUCUGUCGAGACCGACGAUGUUUAUAAAGAUUUUUCAACUGCUCCUCUAAACGAGUGGAUUGACACUUCUAAUUUUAGCCAUGACCAUCCCUUGUAUAAUGUAUCGGUGAAGGGGAAGCUCGGACUUUUAAAAUCCGAGACAGGGGAAAUUCCUAUCAAAGAGGCUAUAUGUUUAAAACCAAAGACAUAUUCCUUGCUCCUAAAUAAUAAUCAAUCCACCUCAGGUACGAAAGGAAUCUGCCGGUCUGAAAAGAGAAAACUCAAACACGAGAGGUUCCGCCGUACUCUUCAUCAGAAAGAGGUCCACACCUUCAAUCAGGUUAGUAUUACUAACGUUAAUGGUCAAAUGGCUACCACAACAACCAAAAAACGUGGUUUGUCAUUAUACGACGAUAAACAUUGGUAUAUCAACACCUAUAAAUCGCUGGCGUACGGUCAUCCGGACAUUAAACAUCUGCCAGAGGAAAGCGAGGAGGAGGAGGAGGAGGAGAGACCCGGCGAUGCGAUCGGAGGGCAUACGAGCGAGGAGGAGGAGGAGGAGGAGCGAGCGUGUCGUGAACCACGGUUCUCGCCACGACGAGCACAGCAGCAACAGUUACAACAACAAAAUCAACGACGGCGACCGCAACAGGAAAGUAAAUCCAAACUGGCAACUCGCAAACGGAGGAAAACAUCGGCGGGAACUCCGUUCAUUCUCUGUGAAGCGAGGGAAAACAACACCAGCGAUGACGACGACGACGAUAUAAUAUAA